AUGACUAAUGCAUCUUCGUCUACAACAAUCGAUGUAGUUACAUCAGAUAUGCCAACGGAACUAGAUUUAGCUUUUAUUAUUGAUGCUACAUCUAGUAUGGGAUCGUACAUUAGCUCCGCUAAAGAGAAUAUGCGAAAAAUUAUUCAAGAUAUUAUUAUAAGCGAACGAUGUUUAUUGAAUGUUGCCUUGAUUCUUUAUCGUGAUCAUCCUCCUCAAGAUCAUACAUUUGUUAUCAAAGUUAAUGAUUUCACCGAUGAUGCAGAAAAAGUGAAAAAGCAUAUUGAUGCAGCCGUUGCUCAAGGAGGUGGAGACUUUCCUGAAGCCAUAGCACCUGCAUUACAUGCAGCUGUUCAUACUUUAUCAUGGCGAAAAAAUGCAGUUAAAAUUGCUCUUCUUAUUGCUGAUGCACCUCCUCAUGGUUUAGGGAUCAUUGGUGAUAGUUGGCCAAAUGGUGAUCCAUCAGGACAUGAUCCAGUUGAAUGUGCUGCUUUACUUGCUGAACGUAGUGUAACUUUAUAUACAAUCGGUUGUGAACCAACAGCUACACCUUAUCGUGAUUUUUUCAUGGCACUUUCUUUCAAAACCGGUGGUCAAUACAUACCAUUGGCUAAUUGUAGCAAUUUAGCGUCAGUCAUUGUUGGUUCAGCAAAAGAAGAAAUUUCCUUAGAACGAUUAAUAGCACAAGUACAUGAAGAAGUUAUGCGUGAAGCUGCAUUACGUGGUGGUCCAGUAGAUGAAACUGAACUUACUCGUCGUAUACAUGAAGUGAUGCAGGAUGGCGGUGCUAAAGCACGUCGAUUGAAAAUGAAUAAUCAGGAUGGAACAACAAGUAUUCCAGCAUUAACACCUGCUGCUGAAUAUCUUUCAACACUCAGAACAUUAAAGGAAGUUCGAGAAAAGUGGGCGGAUAACACCAAAACCAUUGCUACUCCUAUCACUUCAAUAUUUGGAGGAUUAUUUGGUUGCGGUACAACAGUUGCAACAGUUCCUUCUGCGCCAAUUAUCAAAAAAAGAAGUACACGUACACGUACACCUGUCAUUAAGAAAACAUCAGUAAAACGAAAAGCAACGCCUGAAGUAAAACCUAUCAUAAAGAAGAAACCUCGACGAGAAUUAGCUCGUGGUAGUCGACGAAGUGCUCGACUUGCAUGCAAUAAAGAACAAGAUGAGGAAGAAACAACUGAUGAUGAGACAACAAGUUCUUCAGCACCAUCUACAGUCACAUCAAUGAAAAUAAAAACUGAAAUAUCAAAUAUAAACUUAAAAGAUGAUGAAUUACUUGAUAUUAGUCAAACUCGAAGACUCGUUCGUAAAUGUGUUGCUCGUAAUAAACUCGAAUCAACUUAA